AUGGCUGUAGCCAUCUGGUUCGGAACUAUCAUUCUGGCUCUUGCUAGCCUCUGCGCUGCUGGAAUCGACCGUCAGGCAGUAGUCUCACGCUACAACCCCGUUCGAAAUGCAUCUAGCCAAUCGACCCCUAUGCAAGUCGGCAACGGCUACUUCGCCUUUGGCGCAGACGUGACUGGACUACAGACAUUUCUGCCCUACGCGAUCAUGUCCUCAUGGGGAUGGAAGAACGACUCACUGCCGGCGAAUAGAACUAUGGGAGACAUCCUUGACUAUCACGGCGUUAGCUGGUGGAACCAUGAUAGGCUAGUCACAUACAUGUUCGACGGCGAUCCGGAGGUUCAGCAGUGGCUCAUCGCGAACCCCAACCGAGUUAAUCUUGGCAGAACGGGGUUGGUGUUCUUCUCAGAAGAUGGCCAAGCGCAGAACGUCAUGGAGAGCGACCUGAGUCACGUCCGACAAGAGCUUGACUUAUGGACUGGGAAGAUGACCAGUCAGUUCGUCUGGGACGGGAAUGAGGUGACGGUCCAGACGUACUCGCAUCAGUCCAUCGGCGCAGUGGGUAUGGAAGUCAAGUCGGCGCUCUUGCAAGAGGAAAGGCUGGGACUCUUCCUUGACUUCCCUUGGAAUGACGGGAGCGCAAAAUUCGAAGCACCUUUCGUGGGGCAGUUCAACCUUACCUCCAAUCAUACCACUACUCUGCAGACUGGCGAGGGGCUCGGGGAUGGAGUGACUGCAGAAAUCGCCCAUACGAUGGUAAACUCGACGUUCAUAACAUCAGUCGGCGGUGACCAGUUUACCAUAUCCCGUGAUUCGCCCGCUACGCACCGGUACACCGUCCGACCGUCUAGUCCAGAUCUUGACUUCCGCAUCACCGUAACAUACGCGCCUGACAGGCCGACAUCUAUCCCUUCAGUUACUGAUAUCGUGUCGUCUUCUGUUCGAUCAUGGGAAGAAUAUUGGGCAUCUGGAGGAUUUGUGGACGUCGUGACAGGAUCCUCUGAUCCCCGAGCUGAUGAACUCCAGCGAAGAAUAAUCUUGUCGAGGUACCUGAUGCGAGUCAACGAAGCUGGUGACACGCCGCCGCAGGAGUCUGGGCUCGUGAACAACGGCUGGUAUGGCAAAUUCCACAUGGAGAUGUUUUUCUGGCACAGCGCCCACUGGGCAUUAUGGAAUAACUGGGAUCUGCUAGACCGAUCCAGCAACGUCUACUCCCGAUUCCUUGCCACCUCCCUUCAGCGCGCGCAGGUCCAGGAACACUGGGAUACGGGCGCGCGAUGGUCGAAAAUGACCGACCCCUCGGGACGCUCCGCACCCGGCGAGAUCAACGAGCUGCUGAUCUGGCAGCAGCCACACCCGCUCGUAUUCGCGCAGUACGAGUACCGAGCGUUCCCAUCCCGCGAGACGCUGGAGAAGUGGCGGGACGUGGUGAAGGCGACCGCGGAUUGGAUGGCGGACUUCGCGUGGUACAACGAGAGCACGGGGGUGUACGACUUGGGCCCCCCGAUGUAUGUCGUGAGCGAGGAUACGAGUCCGAACGUGACGACCAAUCCUGCGUUCGAGUUGUCGUACUGGAAGCUAGGACUCGGGCUCGCGGAAGACUGGAUGAAGAGCCUUGGCGAGGAGGUCCCAGCGAACUGGACGAGGGUCAAGGAGACUCUGGCGCCGCUGCCCAUUGAGAACGGAAUCCCGAGCGACUUCUGGUAUACGCCAACGUACACCAACGACCAUCCGGCGUUGACGGGCCUGUACGGGUGGCUGCCGGAAACGCCUGGGUUGAACGUCACCAUGGCCAAACUGACAGCGGAGAAGGCGUGGACGUACUGGAAUAUCAGCAAUUGUUGGGGAUGGGAUUUCCCGAUGCUCGCCAUGUCCGCGGCCAGGAAUGGCGAGACCGCGCAAGCGAUAGAGUGGCUCUUGCAUCCACUCUUCCAAUUCGACGACGUGGGCAUGCCGAUAGGCGGCGCGCGCGUGCCCACGCCGUAUUUUCCGGGAAGUGGAGGUCUUUUGUACGCGGUGGCUAUGAUGGCCGCUGGCUGGGAUGGAGCUGAUGGGAGCGCGCCCGGAUUCCCUGCGGAUGGAUGGAACGUAACGGUUGAAGGUGUGAGCAAAGCACUCUAA